AUGCCUCACAUCCCUCUGACACCUCGAGAGGCACACGGAGUUCAUUGCUUCAAAAGGCUCAAGACGUAUGCCAACUUUCCAGAAGCACCUCAGGCGGAGGCUUCUCUCAGCAAUAGGCUCAAGACGUAUGCCAACUUUCCAGAAGCACCUCAGGAGGAGGCUUCUCUCAGCAAUAGGCUCAAGACGUAUGCCAACUUUCCAGAAGCACCUCAGGAGGAGACUUAUUUCAGCAAUAGGCUCAAGACGUAUGCCAACUUUCCAGAAGCAACUCAGGAGGAGGCUUCUCUCAGCAAUAGGCUCAAGACGUAUGCCAACUUUCCAGAAGCACCUCAGGAGGAGGCUUCUCUCAGCAAUAGGCUCAAGACGUAUGCCAACUUUCCAGAAGCACCUCAGGAGGAGGCUUCUCUCAGCAAUAGGCUCAAGACGUAUGCCAACUUUCCAGAAGCACCUCAGGAGGAGGCUUCUCUCAGCAAUAGGCUCAAGACGUAUGCCAACUUUCCAGAAGCACCUCAGGAGGAGGCUUCUCUCAGCAAUAGGCUCAAGACGUAUGCCAACUUUCCAGAAGCACCUCAGGCGGAGGCUUCUCUCAGCAAUAGGCUCAAGACGUAUGCCAACUUUCCAGAAGCACCUCAGGAGGAGGCUUCUCUCAGCAAUAGGCUCAAGACGUAUGCCAACUUUCCAGAAGCACCUCAGGAGGAGGCUUCUCUCAGCAAUAGGCUCAAGACGUAUGCCAACUUUCCAGAAGCACCUCAGGAGGAGACUUAUUUCAGCAAUAGGCUCAAGACGUAUGCCAACUUUCCAGAAGCACCUCAGGAGGAGGCUUCUCUCAGCAAUAGGCUCAAGACGUAUGCCAACUUUCCAGAAGCACCUCAGGAGGAGGCUUCUCUCAGCAAUAGGCUCAAGACGUAUGCCAACUUUCCAGAAGCACCUCAGGAGGAGGCUUCUCUCAGCAAUAGGCUCAAGACGUAUGCCAACUUUCCAGAAGCACCUCAGGAGGAGACUUCUUUCAGCAAUAGGCUCAAGACGUAUGCCAACUUUCCAGAAGCACCUCAGGAGGAGACUUCUUUCAGCAAUAGGCUCAAGACGUAUGCCAACUUUCCAGAAGCACCUCAGGAGGAGGCUUCUCUCAGCAAUAGGCUCAAGACGUAUGCCAACUUUCCAGAAGCACCUCAGGAGGAGACUUCUUUCAGCAAUAGGCUCAAGACGUAUGCCAACUUUCCAGAAGCACCUCAGGAGGAGGCUUCUCUCAGCAAUAGGCUCAAGACGUAUGCCAACUUUCCAGAAGCACCUCAGGAGGAGACUUCUUUCAGCAAUAGGCUCAAGACGUAUGCCAACUUUCCAGAAGCACCUCAGGAGGAGGCUUCUCUCAGCAAUAGGCUCAAGACGUAUGCCAACUUUCCAGAAGCACCUCAGGAGGAGACUUCUUUCAGCAAUAGGCUCAAGACGUAUGCCAACUUUCCAGAAGCACCUCAGGAGGAGGCUUCUCUCAGCAAUAGGCUCAAGACGUAUGCCAACUUUCCAGAAGCACCUCAGGAGGAGACUUCUUUCAGCAAUAGGCUCAAGACGUAUGCCAACUUUCCAGAAGCACCUCAGGAGGAGGCUUCUCUCAGCAAUAGGCUCAAGACGUAUGCCAACUUUCCAGAAACACCUCAGGAGGAGACUUCUUUCAGCAAUAGGCUCAAGACGUAUGCCAACUUUCCAGAAGCACCUCAGGAGGAGGCUUCUCUCAGCAAUAGGCUCAAGACGUAUGCCAACUUUCCAGAAGCACCUCAGGAGGAGGCUUCUCUCAGCAAUAGGCUCAAGACGUAUGCCAACUUUCCAGAAGCACCUCAGGAGGAGGCUUCUCUCAGCAAUAGGCUCAAGACGUAUGCCAACUUUCCAGAAGCACCUCAGGAGGAGGCUUCUCUCAGCAAUAGGCUCAAGACGUAUGCCAACUUUCCAGAAGCACCUCAGGAGGAGGCUUCUCUCAGCAAUAGGCUCAAGACGUAUGCCAACUUUCCAGAAGCACCUCAGGAGGAGGCUUCUCUCAGCAAUAGGCUCAAGACGUAUGCCAACUUUCCAGAAGCACCUCAGGAGGAGGCUUCUCUCAGCAAUAGGCUCAAGACGUAUGCCAACUUUCCAGAAGCACCUCAGGAGGAGGCUUCUCUCAGCAAUAGGCUCAAGACGUAUGCCAACUUUCCAGAAGCACCUCAGGAGGAGGCUUCUCUCAGCAAUAGGCUCAAGACGUAUGCCAACUUUCCAGAAGCACCUCAGGAGGAGGCUUCUCUCAGCAAUAGGCUCAAGACGUAUGCCAACUUUCCAGAAGCACCUCAGGAGGAGGCUUCUCUCAGCAAUAGGCUCAAGACGUAUGCCAACUUUCCAGAAGCACCUCAGGAGGAGGCUUCUCUCAGCAAUAGGCUCAAGACGUAUGCCAACUUUCCAGAAGCACCUCAGGAGGAGGCUUCUCUCAGCAAUAGGCUCAAGACGUAUGCCAACUUUCCAGAAGCACCUCAGGAGGAGGCUUCUCUCAGCAAUAGGCUCAAGACGUAUGCCAACUUUCCAGAAGCACCUCAGGAGGAGGCUUCUCUCAGCAAUAGGCUCAAGACGUAUGCCAACUUUCCAGAAGCACCUCAGGAGGAGGCUUCUCUCAGCAAUAGGCUCAAGACGUAUGCCAACUUUCCAGAAGCACCUCAGGAGGAGGCUUCUCUCAGCAAUAGGCUCAAGACGUAUGCCAACUUUCCAGAAGCACCUCAGGAGGAGGCUUCUCUCAGCAAUAGGCUCAAGACGUAUGCCAACUUUCCAGAAGCACCUCAGGAGGAGGCUUCUCUCAGCAAUAGGCUCAAGACGUAUGCCAACUUUCCAGAAGCACCUCAGGAGGAGGCUUCUCUCAGCAAUAGGCUCAAGACGUAUGCCAACUUUCCAGAAGCACCUCAGGAGGAGGCUUCUCUCAGCAAUAGGCUCAAGACGUAUGCCAACUUUCCAGAAGCACCUCAGGAGGAGGCUUCUCUCAGCAAUAGGCUCAAGACGUAUGCCAACUUUCCAGAAGCACCUCAGGAGGAGGCUUCUCUCAGCAAUAGGCUCAAGACGUAUGCCAACUUUCCAGAAGCACCUCAGGAGGAGGCUUCUCUCAGCAAUAGGCUCAAGACGUAUGCCAACUUUCCAGAAGCACCUCAGGAGGAGGCUUCUCUCAGCAAUAGGCUCAAGACGUAUGCCAACUUUCCAGAAGCACCUCAGGAGGAGGCUUCUCUCAGCAAUAGGCUCAAGACGUAUGCCAACUUUCCAGAAGCACCUCAGGAGGAGGCUUCUCUCAGCAAUAGGCUCAAGACGUAUGCCAACUUUCCAGAAGCACCUCAGGAGGAGGCUUCUCUCAGCAAUAGGCUCAAGACGUAUGCCAACUUUCCAGAAGCACCUCAGGAGGAGGCUUCACUCAGCAAUAGGCUCAAGACGUAUGCCAACUUUCCAGAAGCACCUCAGGAGGAGGCUUCUCUCAGCAAUAGGCUCAAGACGUAUGCCAACUUUCCAGAAGCACCUCAGGAGGAGGCUUCUCUCAGCAAUAGGCUCAAGACGUAUGCCAACUUUCCAGAAGCACCUCAGGAGGAGGCUGCUCUCAGCAAUAGGCUCAAGACGUAUGCCAACUUUCCAGAAGCACCUCAGGAGGAGGCUUCUCUCAGCAAUAGGCUCAAGACGUAUGCCAACUUUCCAGAAGCACCUCAGGAGGAGGCUGCUCUCAGCAAUAGGCUCAAGACGUAUGCCAACUUUCCAGAAGCACCUCAGGAGGAGGCUUCUCUCAGCAAUAGGCUCAAGACGUAUGCCAACUUUCCAGAAGCACCUCAGGAGGAGGCUUCUCUCAGCAAUAGGCUCAAGACGUAUGCCAACUUUCCAGAAGCACCUCAGGAGGAGGCUUCUCUCAGCAAUAGGCUCAAGACGUAUGCCAACUUUCCAGAAGCACCUCAGGAGGAGGCUUCUCUCAGCAAUAGGCUCAAGACGUAUGCCAACUUUCCAGAAGCACCUCAGGAGGAGGCUUCUCUCAGCAAUAGGCUCAAGACGUAUGCCAACUUUCCAGAAACACCUCAGGAGGAGGCUUCUCUCAGCAAUAGGCUCAAGACGUAUGCCAACUUUCCAGAAGCACCUCAGGAGGAGGCUUCUCUCAGCAAUAGGCUCAAGACGUAUGCCAACUUUCCAGAAGCACCUCAGGAGGAGGCUUCUCUCAGCAAUAGGCUCAAGAAGUAUGCCAACUUUCCAGAAGCACCUCAAGAGGAGGUGCCUAACCUGAAAGGGUCCUCAGGUAUGUUCUCGAGUUACGGCGGGGAUGGCCCUUCAAAACACGUGUUUAUUCAGUGA